AUGUGCCAAAAAACUAAAAUAUGGGAAAUCUCAGAUCAAACAACCAAAACAAAAACGUUACCUGUUCCCAAACAACCUAAUAAUAAAUUAUCAACGGUGUUUUCAAUGUCCAAGUUUUUUGGUCUCCAGGCCCUUGAUUCACGGCUUGGGCCUCCUCAAGAUCAGGCGAAGCUCAAACGGAUCAUUGCAUCAGUACCUCCGAAAUCUCGAUGGUCGACCCUCGAAUUCAAAUUCUAUAUCGCGGUAUUCAUAAUAGUUGUCCCAUUGAUGUUGAAACAAGGGAUCGAGAUCUCAUUGUCGUCGCACCCAAAUUACCCAAAAUACUCUCAUUUGCUCUCUGAUGGAUGGAUAUUUGGUAGAAAAGUCGAUAACAGUGACGUUCAGUACAGCUUCUUCCGAAACAAUUUCUUCUUAUUGGUGGUAUUGAUGAUCUCCCAUGUCUUGAUCAAACUGGGGUGUUAUAAAUUCUUUAAAAUUGAAAAAUUGACCUUCGAUAUGGUGUUUGGGGUAAUUUUUUUGGCAUUGGCUCACGGAAUGAACUCUUUAAAAAUCUUGAUCCAUAUAGUCAUUUGUUAUUUCGCGGUACGGUUGGCAAUUUCCAUGGACAAGAAACAUUCUGGCGAUUUGAAUUACAAUGAAAAAUUCUAUAGAUGUGGUGCGAUCUCUUUUAUAUGGGUGUAUGGGAUUGCUGCAUUAUACAUCAAUGAUAGAUACAGAGAUUUCCAACUUUUCGGCGCUAUUAGCCCGAGUCUUGGGGGAUUAGACAAGAUUAGAGGAAUCAUUCAUAGAUGGGACAUUUUUUACAAUUUCACUCUAUUAAGAACCCUCAGUUAUAAUAUGGAUUAUAUUUGGAGGUAUUAUGAUUUGAAGAACAAUAUUCGCGACAGUACUGGGAUUCAGCUCAAAGAGCUUGAAUUAUCAAAGAAAAGAACCAUAAGCCAAGAGGAAUUGAAUUUGGUCAAUGAAUCCAAUGAAAUCGGCGCUCAAAAAUCAUAUGGCGGUGAUGCUGGUUUAAACAGUGAUUUAACCGAUAGGGAACGUCAGGCAUACCCAUGGAGCAUUUAUGAUUACAAUUUUGGUAACCAUUUGGCAUACGUCCUAUAUACCCCAUUAUUUAUUGCUGGUCCUAUUCUAACUUUUAACGAUUAUUUAUACCAAUGUCGCCAUACCUUAUCGUCGAUUAAUUUCGAAAGAUCGGUAGGAUAUGCCCUUCGUUUUAUCACCGACUUAUUAACCAUGGAAUUUAUGCUACAUUUCAUGUACGUCGUGGCUAUCGCCAAAGUCAAAUUAUACGAAGGUUACACCCCUUUCCAAAUAUCAAUGAUUGGUUUAUUAAACUUGAACGUCAUCUGGCUCAAACUCUUGAUUCCUUGGAGAUUCUUUAGACUUUGGGCGUUAUUAGAUAACAUGGACCCUCCAGAAAAUAUGAUUCGUUGUGUCGAUAAUAACUAUAGUGCCAUGGCAUUCUGGAGAGCGUGGCACAGAUCUUACAAUAAAUGGGUGACCCGUUAUAUUUAUAUUCCAUUAGGAGGAUCUAAAAACCGAGUGUUUACCUCGUUGGCGGUGUUCAGUUUUGUGGCAGUGUGGCAUGACAUUGAAUUCAAGUUGCUUAUUUGGGGAUGGUUAAUUGUAUUAUUCUUAGUCCCGGAAAUUUUCUUGUCUAGUUACUUCCGCAAGUUCAAUGAUCAACCUUGGUAUAGACACGUUUGUGGUAUGGGAUCAGUAGUGAACAUUUGGUUGAUGAUGAUUGCUAAUAUUUAUGGAUUUUGUCUUGGUCAUGAUGGGACCGUAGGAUUAUUGAAAAAUAUGUUAGGUACGUUCGAUGGAGGGUUGUUCUUCAUCACUUGCUCUGGGUGCUUAUUCGUGGGGGUCCAGGUGAUGUAUGAAUCAAGAGAUUCCGAGAAAAGAAGGGGUAUUGAUCUCAGAUGUUAA